AUGCUCAUCCAGAUGUGUCAACUCUCUACCCAGCUGGUGGUGUGCAGCAGACAUUUUCUGUUCUCUGUUCUUCUCAGAGUACUGUUUGGUUAGACGAACAGGCUGGAGGGGAGCCUCGGAUACAGCCUGUUGAGGAGGAUUUCCACCAGGAGGUCUAACCGCCGUGACAACAGUCCUCAACCCAGAGAGCCCGAUGAAAUGGGGGGCAGUGAUAACAGCAGCCCGUGGAAGCUGAGCCUCAGACGGUCUCGACGGGGUGGCGGGAAUCAGUCCAGGGACCCUCCUAGACCGCCUCCUGAACCGGAAAGACCUCCUCAUGCACCGGACAGACCUGUGCUGCAAGAUGACAGACUCUCUCCACCUGCUCCACCUCCACCAGUUCCAGUUCCGGUUCCUCUGCCCCCAACCACGGCGAUGCCACCAAAACGACCCGACAAAGCCAUGAAACCAAAACUUCCUCCUCGACCGCUGUGCAAAGUGUUCAGCAGCACUGAACAUGGAGCAUCUGUGUUGCAGGGCUUUGAUUCCUUUCGGACUAGUGAUGUUCUCUGUGAUGUGAUCCUGGUUCCUGGGGACAGUAAUGAAAGAUUCCCAGUCCACAGAGUUAUCAUGGCUUCAUCCAGUGACUACUUCAAGGCAAUGUUCACAGGAGGCAUGAGGGAGCAGGAGAUGAAGGAGAUUAAGCUGCAUGGGGUCACUAAGUUGGGUUUAAGGAACAUCAUAGACUUCAUUUACACAUCCAAAGUCAGCCUCGACAUGGGGAAUCUUCAGGACACACUGGAAGCUGCGAACUUUCUGCAGGUCAUGCCUGUUCUGAGCUUCUGUAAUCAGCUGCUGAGCAGUGAGGUGACCAUUGACAACUGUGUUGAGGUGGAGCGUAUAGCCACAGACUUGCAUUUGGAAGAUGUUCAGCUGAACAUAGGUGAGUUUGUGAGCCAGAAUCUCUCAGCUUUGAGGCAGUAUGGACGCCACCUCCAGCUCUCGGAGACCAGCAUGGCCAACGCUCUGUCCAGCAACUCUCUGAAGGGUUUCUCUGAAAUGGAGCUGUACCAAAUCGCCAGAGAAUGGCUGGACCACGACCUUCCCAGCCGCCAGUCUUCUGUUUAUACUCUGAUGCGUCACAUUCGCUUCCCUCUGAUGAGCCCCAGUGAGCUGAUUCAGAUCUCCCAGGAUGACGAAGAGGGAGGAGACACCCUGAUGCGUUCUGAGACGGCCUGUGUCAACCUGCUGCUGGAGGCCAGCAACUACCAGAUGAUGCCGUUCAUGCAGCCGGCCCUGCAAACUGAGCGCACACAAAUCCGCUCAGACGACACACACAUCCUGGCUCUGGGCGGUGUGAUGAGACAGCAGCUGGUGGUGAGUCGGGAACUCCGGCUGUACGAUGAGAAGACGGGCCACUGGAAAGCCCUGAAGCCCAUGGAGGUGCCACGCUAUCAGCAUGGUGUGGCUCUUCUGGGAGGCUUCCUCUUCAUUGUUGGAGGCCAAAGUACUUAUGACACCAAGGGUAAGACUGCCAUAGACAGCGCCUACCGCUAUGACCCACGCUUUGACAAAUGGCUUCAGAUUGCGUCACUGAAUGAAAAGAGGACGUUCUUCCAUCUGAGUGCUCUGAAAGGGAAACUGUUUGCAGUUGGUGGACGACAUGCUUCAGGGGAGAUUGACUCAGUGGAGUGCUACAACCUGAAGAAAAAUGAGUGGACUUUUGUGAGCAAUAUGGCAGAGCCACACUAUGGACAUGCAGGAACAGUCCACGGGGGUCUCAUGUACAUUUCAGGUGGCAUUACUCGUGACACUUUCCAGAAGGAGCUGUGGUGUUACGACCCUGUAGCUGAUACUUGGAGUCGACGGACUGACAUGACAGAGCUCCGUGGGUUACACUGUAUGUGCACCGUAGGAGACAGACUCUACGUUAUGGGUGGGAAUCACUUCCGCGGCAGCAGCGAUUAUGACGACGUCCUGGGCUGCGAGUACUACAGCCCUGAGACGGACCAGUGGACGGUGGUGGCGCCCAUGCCUCGAGGCCAGAGCGACGUCGGUGUGACAGUGUUUAAGGAGCAGAUCUAUGUGGUGGGAGGUUACUCCUGGAACAGCCGGUGCAUGGUGGACAUUGUGCAGCGGUAUGACCCUGAGCUGGACGUGUGGGACAGGGUGUUCAACGUCCUGGAGCCCCUGGGGGGGAUUCGAGCUUGUACAAUGACUGUUCACCUGCCGGAGGGCUCCGUGGACGAGGCUCAGAUACAGGAGUGUCCACUGCCUACUGUUAAGAGCUGAUGGAGCACUGCUGACGGGGGGGUUUCCACCUUUAGCCGCUGUCAGACCACAACAUGCAACGCAAUAUUCACAUUUAAAAAACAGAACAGGAACUAGUGUGGGUAGAAUAGCAAGUGUAGGGUGCAAACGUGCUCAUGUAGAUAUCAUUGGUUUUCACAGUCAGUUUAACACCUCUGCCACAGCCAUUCUUCUGUUUUUGUUGCCCUUUUUUGUCCAUUCAUUUCCUGCAAACAAUGCAGCCUCACUCCUGCUCUGCUGCUGUAAAAGCCAGUUUCAUAUACCAUUUACUGAGUGAUGAUCAAUGAUGUAAGACCCCUAUCCAGCUCAAAACUUCUUUAGUUUGUUGUUAAAAACAUCACAAACAGAGCAGUGAAUAUAAAGGCUGAGGAAUAUCAACAAAUCCCAUGAAAAGAGUGAAAAAGGACAAACCUUUCUUUAAGUCUGCCACCAAUAAUAUGCCGUAUAAAAGGCUAAACCUUAUCAGUAUGUCUUUAUUGAUUUGCAAUCAUUAUUAAAAUGUGUGUGAUAUUUAGAAGAAUAUAACUGCAGUAAUAUACUAUGAUAUUCAUAAUUACUUUUUAUUAGUGUAUAAUCAGUGGUGUUUUUUGUCCUGUUUAUUACUUUUUCACCUCGCUAUAGAAGAACAACGUCAAAUGAUCAUUUAGAGCUGGAGUCCACUGAGUUGUUUCACACAAACUAGAUGUUACUUCACUUUCUAUCCUACAACUGGCAACCUUCUUGGCCCGUAAAAUAAUAUUAGAAUAAGACAAACAUGAUGUUGGCACAGUUGAAACAGGAUUUUAAAAAUGAUUUGUCUCACUCCACUGACUGUUGGGGCAGACGGGGGACGAGGGGUGGGGGCUUUGGCUCUCCGUUAGCAGCCACUGUAGGGUGUAUUCAGUUAGUUGUAAUCUGCAACUUCACCACUACAUGGCCCUAAAUAUCACAUACUGAGCCUUUAAUUAAAUAAUUUUCAUUUAAUCAAAACUCAUUCUUUUUUCCUCAGAAUAGUUACAGUGAAUGAGUUAGUGAGGAAAACACCAACAAAUGAAAAGACUGUAACCAACAAUUUAUUCACCCUUCCAUCUCUCCUGCCAGAACAUCAUGUCAAACACCUACACUUUAUCCAUAUGUCUUUAUUGGCUUGGUAUGAUUACUAAGGUACAUAAGAGGGAAAGACUAGUAGCUACAAUGGCUUCAUUUACAUACACAAAAUAUUGUAUAUUUUGCCAGCAUUCCAAAAAUGACAAUACUGUAUUUAAGCUGUUUAUGAUAAAAUUAUACUAAUAUUUGUUUUUCCAUGCAGUCAUACAUAGUCCUGGUGACCCAGGGUCAAUCUUUCAAAGAUAAGUAGGCUUAUAUUUGAAAGAUUAACUGUUGGAGAUUAGAAUUAUGCAGUUUUUCAAGAUACAAAGAGUAGUAUUCAUAGAAGAAAAUUCAUCGGUUGUUACGGUGACACUCCCCUUAUAUACUACAUGGAGUCUUUUCAACCCAAAUAUAUGGAAACCGAAACUCCAAUUUGCAGUGUAGUUCCACAAAGAUGUCUGGUGCUGGUAAGUGUUUGGUUUAUACAUAUUAAACAAUGGCAACAAAACUGUUGUAACUUCAAUGGAGAUCUGAAGAUCUGAACAAGGGACAAAUAUUCCAACAGAUGGCUGGGGUUGGUCACCUUUUCAUCCAAGUACAGACCCUCCAAAAGUGUGGAAAUGUGUAUCCAAAGUGAACGAACCCUGCAUGAACUGUAUCAAAAAAUCAGAAUAAUGUCAUGUUUGAAAUUAAAGUGAUUUAUUGGUAUGCAUCUAAUAUUUAUUGUAUGUCUUGCAGGUUUUUGGGACAAAUCAUAUCUUGUGUUGAAUGAAAAAGACAAAGUUAAACCUUUUAUCCUUUUAAAGUGACGGCUAAAGAUUGUUGAUGUUGUAAAAUAAAAAUUUAAAUAAAGUGUUUAUUUUUCAACGAAAAGUAGAAGAAUCA